AUGUCAUCUCCGAUUACGACUGAAUCGAAACUAGCAUUCACUUCGCUACGAAUCUGGCCGGCUUAUGGUGCCUUACCUUCGUUCGAUCCUGAGUGUCUUUGCGUUCUAGCACAUCUUGCUUUUUCUCGGUUAAACGUCCAUAUAAAAUCAAAUCUAAGUCGAUUUAUAUUCGCCAAAGAACGUCUACCACUUUUACUCGGUGAUAAUGAUAAAAUCUCUCUCGCGGUCGGCUACGAAGCGAUCGUUGAUCAUUGUAGAAAAUCACAUAUCGAUAUCGAUGAACAAUCUUCCGUCGAUGUUGCUGAUUUAUUAGCAUUAAAUGCCUUAAUUAAAUCAACAUUUGUACCUGCUGUCUUGGACACAUUUUGGUUGGAUGAUACCUAUCGAAGUUCGAUCAUUAAUGUUUACGCUCGACCAUUAGGUGGAUUUCCUCUUGCAUUCAUCUAUGGUAAACAGACAACAGAAAAGAUAAAAGAUCAAUUCAAUAUUACUUAUGGUGAUAAGAAUUUUGAGCAAACACGAAAAAUGAUAUUUGAAAAAGGUAAAAAAGCUAUAGAUCAUUUGACGUCUGUACUUGGUAAAAAACCAUUUCUGUUUGGUGCUAGUCCUACAAGUGUUGAUGCAUACGUUUUCGGAUAUCUAGCUCCAUUGAUUCACGGUCCAGCAUCGAAUAGUGGCUUAGCACGAUACGCAUCUGGCCGGCAAAAUCUUCGUGACUUUGUUGAUCGAAUAUUAACUGUAUAUCUUGGUGAUUUAGCAAGAGAUAGUUCGCCAAGUGAACCCGUUUCUACAACAGUACCUGCCAUGCCGAAAGAAGAUCGUCUUCGAGAUAAGAUCGCUGUCAUUGGCGUUGGAAUAUUAACUAUGUGUGCCUAUGCAUAUUUUUCUGGGCUUAUUCGCAUUGAGAUCAAUCAAGUCGAAUGA